AUGAAGUGGAGUGCCCGGGGAGGCUGCGCCGCGCUCUCCAGCUGCCUCCUGCUCGCCUGCGCGCUGAGCGCCGCCGCCGUGGGCCUCAAGUGCUUCUCGCUGGGCUCGGAGCUGAAGGGGGAGCCCUUCCGCCUGGGCAGCGCCGCCGGCGCCUUCUACUCGGGGCUGCUGCUGGCCGCCGGCCUCUCGCUCCUGGGCGCCGCGCUCUUCUGCUGCCGCCCGCCCGACGAGGCGGCCGCCGGCGGGGCAGCUGCGGCGGCGGCGGCGGGGUGCGAGGGCGCGGCCCCGGCGGGGAGCGAGAUCGCGGCGGUGCCGGUCAGCGCGGGGGACGCCGGCGCCCCUCCCGCGCCCCGGCCGGCCCCCCCGCGGCAGCUGCCCCGGGCCCCCCCGGGGGGGCGGCAGAACUUCCUGCUGCUGGGCGUGCUGGUCUUCAUGCUGGGCGUCCUGAGCGCCUUCGCCGGGGCCGUCAUCGACGGCGACACGGUGUCGCUGGUGGAGAAGAAGUACUCGCACUACUGCCUCCUGCAGGGCGCCGCCCGGCCGCGGCCCCCCGACGGGGCGGCGGCGGCGGCCACGCUGCGCUGCCAGAAGCUGCGCGACUACCAGCGGGGCCUGGUCAUCUCCACCAUCUUCAACGCCCUCGAGUGCCUCCUGGGCCUCCUCAACCUGCUGCUGGUCAAGAACUACAAGGCCGCCCAGCAGCGCGGGCGGCGGCGGCGGCGCCGACGGCACCAGCGCCACCUGGGCGCCGGGCGGCGGCGGAGGGGCCGGGGGCCCGGCGGAGGAGGCUCGGGGGGCGGCGGCGGGGGCGGGCGGCGCCCCCAGCGCCCCAGCCAGGGCUCCAUCUUCUCCAGCGAGGACCCCGACCUCUCCCCCGGCGCCGCCUGCCCCUUCCAGGCCGUCUCCUACAUCAACGUCGGCGUCUUCCACGUCUUCGACGAGGCCGGGGUGGAGGUGAGCUGCGGGGGCCACCCCUCCGUCGAGCUGCCGGGCUACUCGCCCGUGGACCCCGACCUCGACGCCUCCUACCCCUACUGCUACCCGCUGCCCAACGAGCAGCCGCCGGCCUACGAGGAGAUCUACCCCCGGGGGGCCGCCGCCAACCGCCUCUGA